AUGAAAGCUUUUCGAUUUUUACUUCCCUUACUUCCUCUGGCAUCUAGCUUCAGCCACCCCGGGUUGCUAGUCACCGAAUCCGAUCUGACCAGGCUCCAAGGGAAGCUGUCCACCCAACUGGAGCCAUGCGACUGCCAACGUUCCUUACACCCCCAGGCUGUGAGCGCCGUUGAUCGCGACAAUGAAGCCAAUGCCGAUCUGCUAUGGCAAGAUGCCGCUGCACCCUUCGCGCUAGCCCUUCGCUGGAAGGUUGAGAGUAAUACCUCGUAUGCUGGUGCUGCGACCGAUACCCUGAAUUCCUGGGGCGAAAAGCUUACUUCCAUCGGGACUAGUGACGAUCAAUACUCGGCCAAAAGAACCGGCUGGCGACUUUCCAAGGAAGCAACGUUAUAUCUGAGCUUCACCUGGGCUUCAGAGACAUGUCUCUUUAUGUUAUUCUGGGUAUAUAGCCGCUGA